UCAGGAUGGUAAGAACGAUAUGCCACGGAAGGACUGACAGCAGUGACUAUUUAGUCAGAGCAGUGAGAUCUUUCUCAGAACAGCAGCUGGAUCAUUUCAAAAGCUUUUUUUUUUUCAUAGAAAAGUUCAACUGUGUGCCAGACCUCGCUGGGCAGUAACUAUACAGGAGUUUAAAUGUGACCCCUAGAAAACCUUCAGAUGAAGAACACUUUAAAUCGUCAUAACCAUGGCAUCAGUCUGGCAUGUGCUUGUGCUGUGGAUUUAUCUUAGUACCAUGAUAAAAGUGAUCCAAGCAUCAUGUGCUAAGAUUCACACUCCUGCACCCGUGGUGCUCGCUGGCUCACCCGUAUCAGUGUCCUGCUCCUUUGAGGAUGACUGCUCGCUGACCAAAGGCAAAGACUUUCGUGUGGUAUGGAAGAUUGACAACCAUAAUGCACCCAGCGAUCUCUCUUACCAGGAGAGUAACAGGACGUAUGUUGUAACCAUCCCUAGUCUACCAGACACAGGCGCAUCAAUUGCUUGUGCUAUAUGUGAAGGGAACAACUGCCAAAUUGUCAACGGAGUAAAAGUUGAAGCAGGAUAUCCUCCAUCUGUUCCUAAAAACCUGAGCUGCUAUUUGAGUCUAACAUUUCCACAAAGAAUCCUGUGUCGGUGGGUUCCUGGUCAGGAAAUGGCGAGCCUUCCUACAAACUAUACACUUCAAAUAUUUGGGGUGUUACAGAAGGUUCAAUAUAUGAUCCCACCUAGAGCGGAUUUCUUCUCGAUUCCACGGGAAUCUUUUAACUUAUAUUCAGAGCUGGAGAUUAAUGUGACAGCAGUGAAUAUCUUUGGGAACACCACCUCUGAAACACUGAAGCUGAUACCUAUGGAAACAGUCAUUUUGGACCCCCCUGAGAUUAAGAGAGUUGAAGCAGGUGAAUUAGGCUGCUUAAAUUACUCCUGGAGUCUUGCAAAAUCUCAAGAGUGGUUGAUGAAGACUUUGAGUGUAGAGCUGAAAUUGAAAACAGUGAACAACCAACUAGACAAAGAGCUGGUUCGGUCCUUCAGGCAAAAACAAAAAAACAAAAUAGGUGUAUGUGACCUCCUUCACUGGACAAAUUACAGCACCACAAUGAGAGUGAAGUAUGUUUCAUGGAGUAAAUGGAGUAAUUGGAGUGAUCCGAAAAUAGCCACCACACUUAUGAAGGCUCCGACUGGCAGCCUGGACACAUGGCUUAAAAUGGAUGAUCAGAACGUACAACUCUACUGGAAGCCCUCCAAAAAUUUCCAUGCCAAUGGCUGGAAUUUGUUGUACACUGUUGAAUCAAGGGAACCAGAAAUGACUUUGUGUAAGACACAAGAGCACCACUGCUUUUUCAGUCUCCCCAAGAAGGUUAAAACAUUUUACCUGAGAGCCAUUAAUGCAGUGGGGAGCUCGGAUCAUACCCUUGUAGAAAUGUAUCGGAUAAAAGGGCAGUGCUUUGUCUCUCAUUUCAGUGUUCAUCCCCAGUCAGAAACGUCUUUGCUCGUCAAAUGGGAAAGACUGGUGUCCCCACAUGUCACAGGAUACGUGCUUGAGUGGAAAUCUCUGUCUGAGAAGCAGCCAGCUCCCGUGUCCUUUACUCUGAUUGACAAAGCCAACUCCAGUACCAUAAUAACAGGUUUAAAAGCUUACAAGCCCUAUAACAUUUCUAUUUAUCCCAAAUAUAAUGACUGGAUUGGAUGUCCUCUUACCUUCACGGCAUACAGCAGCCAAAAGGCACCCGAAGUGGCCCCAGAGUUGAAUGUUACGGAUAUCAGUCACUCGCGCGCCAAACUUAACUGGAAUGAAAUUCCUCUUAAGCAGAGAAAUGGGAUCAUUCAUAGAUAUACCGUUUUCUUUUGGCAUGAAGCAAACUAUAUCAGAGUUUUAACAACUAAUAAGACCAGUGUUGUGGUGACAGAUCUUCAACCACUUACCAAAUAUUACGCCUUUGUGACGGUUCAUACGAUGGGAGGAAGUAAAAAUGGAUCAGUUGUCAACUGGAAAACUGGAAUUAUUGAUGGAAUUGACAUGGUGCUGUUUGUUAUCCCAGCAUGCGUUGGGUUAACACUUAUCAUCAUCAUUGUUGUAUUUGCCUGUUUUGGGAAAAGUGAACGGGUGAAGAUGUGUUUGUGGCCUAUAAUUCCUGACCCUGCCAACAGCAGUAUUAAGAGUUGGACCGACACUGAUCCAUUGCAGGGCAUGCCUCCUUUUAAUGAAGCCAAGGAGCCCAUGCUGGUGUAUCUGUCCCACUUCAGUUUUCUUGAUCUGUCCGAGAACGAGCCAUUCAAGAGUGACUAUGUCAAGGAGAACCAGUGGUCACAUGACAUCGACAGCCACGAUGAGAGUCGUUCCUCAUUCCAGACCUGUGUCAGAUACGAUACGGAGCGCGACAGGGAUUCUGUCCCUUACGCCACAGUUGUUUUCGGCGGCCCGUAUCAAAACCAUUCAUCCUGCGUGCCAACCUACGUUCGCUCUGAGUCCACACAGCCUCUGUUAGGAUCGGAUGACCCUGGCAGCCCUCCACCGUAUGAGAACGUGUCACCGAGUGGGAGUGUUUCUAAAGUACCACGUUUCACUGCAUUCCCUCAGAAUUCCACUGGAAGUGAGGAGAAUGAAGAACUUUGGGAAGAAUUCCCUAUGCUCAGAUCCUUAGAGAUCAGGGACACUGAUCAUGUCUAAACCCAAAUUCAUCCAGUUCCUGUGCUUCUUUUUUUAACGACGUGUCGCAUUUUGAAUUUGAGAAUGUAUAGAAACAUACAGUCGCCCCAAAAAUGAUACAUUCAAACCACAUGACAGAUCAGUUUUUGAAAGUGAUUAGCAAAACUAACAUCUGUAUGUUUGUGACUAAUAAGCCCACUCAGUUUGUUUUUGCUUUCGUUCCAUUAUUAACUUUCUGCAGUAUUGCCAGGGACUGCAUUUGGAUUAAAGAGAUCACUGGGAGAAAAUGGGAGAAAACGUAACUCCUAAUCAUGACAAUUCUAAUAAA